AUGGAGUUUAAGCAGAUCUUUGAAGUGUUGGGAGAUUCGAUUUUCAACGUUGACUCGGAGUUGUGGGUGGAUAUGAGGAACUCGUCUCAUGCCAUUUUUAGCCAUCAAGAUUUCCAAAGGUUUUGGGUGGAUACAAGCGUAAGCAAAUUGAAUCAAGGGCUUGUACCUAUUCUUGAAAACGCUGUUGAGAAAAGCAUCCUCGUCGACUUGCAAGAUCUGUUCCACAGAUUCUUGUUUGAUACAUCUUCCAUUUUGAUAACCGGGUAUGAUCCAAGAUGUCUCUCCAUCGAACUGCCCAAGGUUAAUUUCAGUGACGCUGUGGACGGUGUUGCCGAUGGCCUUUUCUACAGACAUGCCAAGCCGGUUCUAUUUUGGAAGCUCCAAUAUUGGAUUGGAAUUGGAGUAGAAAAGAGCAUGAGAAGAGGUAUCGCGGUGUUCGAUGAGAUGCUCGAGAAGAUCAUAUCGGCUAAACGAGAGGAGAUAAAAAUUCAUGGGAUUCGUGACUCAGAAGGAAAGGCCAUGGACGUUUUAACGUAUUACAUGACUAUAGACACGACCAAGUAUAAACACUUGAGACCAAGUAACGAUAAAUUCAUCAGAGACACUAUUUUGGGGGUUUUGAUAGCGGCAAAAGACACAACAAGCUCAGCUCUUACUUGGUUUUUCUGGCUUCUCACCAAGAACCCUGAAACAAUUAUCAAGAUUCGACAAGAGAUUAACAACAAGAUGCCAAAUUUUGAUCCAGAAGAUUUAGACAAGCUCGUGUAUCUAGAAGGUGCCGUGUGUGAGACGCUAAGGCUAUACCCAUCAGUCCCAUUUAACCAUAAGUCACCGGCAAAGCCAGACGUGCUUCCAACUGGGCAUAAAGUCGAUGACAAUUGGAAGAUAGUCAUAUCUAUAUAUGCAUUGGGAAGGAUGAAAUCUGUUUGGGGAGAUGAUGCAGAAGAUUUCAGACCAGAGAGAUGGCUUUCAGACAGCGGAAUGUUGAGACAUGAACCUUCAUAUAAGUUCUUGGCGUUUAGCGCUGGCCCUAGAAGUUGCUUGGGGAAAAAGUUAACGUUCUUGCAGAUAAAGACAGUGGCUGUGAAAAUCAUACAACAAUAUGACAUUAAGGUCGUUGAAGGGCAAAAAACUGAACCAGUUCCUUCUGUUCUUCUUCGCAUGCAACAUGGUGUCAAA